AUGCGAAUAUUUGUUUCAAAUGAUCUCAAAUCGAAACGGGAGCGAAACGAACCAUUAUGUGAAAGUGAACGCAGUACUGUACAUAUGAAUACUCCAACCGAGGAAUAUGAUCCUCCGUUUUUUGUCGAAAUACGCUGCAAAAACAUUGCUGAUUACGAGCGACAAGAAGGGCGUAUGCCACUCAGGCCACAGACAUGUGUUCGAGACAUUGGGCUGAGGUGUGUGCAGGUCUACAAGGAUCAGCAUUUUUCGCGUCGACGAGUUGGCUCGCAUAGCUGGCACCCAUAUACCAUCCCAAAGGUACCAAGCGCAUGCGACUGCAUGUGGCCCGUCGAUAAGUAUGGACAUCAGGAACUUUAA